AUGAACCCCGACUCCCCCGGAAAUGAGAGUGACAUUGCAAGGAGGCUGCGGUGUCCCUUACAACAAGAUCGCAACUCCACGAGGGGGAAAUCUGUCCAAAGACCUUUACGACCUGCAAAGAAAGUUGACAUUUGGGAAAUAAAGCCUCCUGACUUCAGUUACAAACUGUACACGUCCCUGCAGUUGCCACAAAUACCACCACGGCCUACCAAGGAAGAGCAAGGGAGGGAUCAAAGCAAAUAUCCAGAGGCCCAGCUUCAGCUGCCCAGCAUAAGGAGCCAUCCCAAGAAGGCCACAUCUCCCAAGUUUGUAACCAGAUUUCCACAUCCAGAUUUACAGAAAGCAAAGUUACUGUACGUGAGGAACGGCAAGUUCCCAGCAGGUGUCUACAUCAAUCCCAAACCACAUGAAUUCCGACAGUACCAAAGUAAAUCACCAAACUUUGUGACAACUUUCAGACGGGAUCCUUUGGAGCUAAACCUAAAGUCACAGUUCUUAAGUACAGUACCAUCAGCAGGCCAGUUACUGAAAGCUGAUCAACAGAAGGACAGAAGACAACAGUUCAUCACCCGCAAGUCUCCGGAAUGCAGCUGGGAUGCACAGCUCAUUUUAUCCAAACCCCCGUGGCCCAUUAAAUCAGCUUCAUUCACGAGACAUAGGCGGUGUUGCGAUGCCUACAGUGCAUUCCUGGAUCGUGUGGAAGAAAAGUGGGCAAGGACACGCAAAAGCAGGUAG